GUGUUUUCUCUCUUUUCUUGCUUCGACUUCGCGUCUGCAAUAGUGUGUUGUUGUGUUGUUUUCUGAGUCUGAUUGCCGCGGCAUUAGUGGCGGUAUGUAUAGUUAAUCAUUGCGACCGAAUUGCGGAAGAGAGAAUUCUCGCUUGUGUACUUGUAGUAGUCGAGGAAUUAGUUUCAUGCAUGCUUGAUCGCGGGUUGAUGUUCAAAUUGCAACCAGAUUUUUUAAUCCAGCAUAGGCACUGACGAACUCAAGUACCCAUCUAACACUACAGAUAAAAUCUUAGAUACCGACUCUUAUGAUGCACUCUUGUAUUUUAUAAAACGAAAGAAAGAGACACAGAUGGCGAAGGUAAGAUUAGAAGAUAUUCUAACACAAAAUCAAGGAGAUUUUGAUUUCAGGCAAGAACCGUGACCAAUCUCUGAACAUCAUCCAGCGUCUCUACAGAUGAGAAGUUGCAAGUGGAUUCCUUAUGCUUGUGCCACAAGUGACCAAGUGCCAGCGAGGAGAGGAUGCGCUGUCGAUGAUUCGAGAGGAUAAGGCCAGGUUCGAUAUUGUCCUGACGGAUGUUCACAUGCCCGGCAUGGAUGGACUUCAGCUUCUUGCCGAGAUUGCUAACAUGGGGAUAACUUUGCCUGUAGUCAUGUUUUCGAGCGACGCCGUAAAGGACACUGUCGCGAAAGGAGUGAACAGCGGGGCUUGCGAUUUUCUAGUGAAGCCGAUUCAAAUCAACACUCUCAAGAUUCUAUGGCAACAUGUGCUUAGGAGCAACCGAUCGUCAAGCAACAAUUCCACCAAAGAACUGGAGACGCCGCAUGCUCUGACCACAUCUUCAUCUAACAAUGCCCAUACUCAAGCACAGAAUGAGGAAGAGAAUUCUAAAAGCUCGAAAAGGAGCAGUGAAGAUGAAGCCGAUCAUGGCCAGAACAAAAGCGGGGUGAAGAAACCUCGCGUGGUAUGGACACCUGAGCUCAACCGGAUGUUUAUCAUGGCCGUCAAUAGUCUUGGAAACGAUGAUGCCAAACCCAAGAAGAUAUUGCAAUUUAUGAGGAAAAUGGCGGGUGUCCCUCAUCUCACUAGGCAAAACAUCUCCAGCCACCUUCAGAAACACCGCACGAACUCGAAGAAGAUAGGCGCAGCCUCGGAUCAUCGAAGUGCACAUUCUUCUCUCAUUAACGGCCCUGGCUUCGCCAAUCUGACUCAUCCCACUCCACCAUCAUCGUCAUUGAUAGGGUGCGGCGUUAUCCAAAAACAUGCUGCUUCAGCUCGAUAUCCAUCACAAGCUAUGAGUAUCGCCCCUCGACAGCAGUGCACAGGUUGUAGCAUGAGGAUGCCUGAUCUUGUUGAGUUCCCAGAUAAUAACGUGCUCCCAAGGUACCAAAUGGGGCUCGAAUCACAACCGCUUGCGCUGUUGCAACAACCGAACCCACCGCUCCAGAACUACGGCCACCAACAGCGAGUGAAUGAAUCAGCUCAAUGCCCGCCGUAUGCUCCUGCGCCAUCCGUUGGGUUCACCUCACCAAUGAACAACACACACCAAGUAUAUAAUAACAAGGCUAUGUUUGCGGAUAUGCUUGAUACGAAUUUCUUCGAGGAUCUUGGGUUUGGGGAAGACUUUCCUUUACUCGACAGCUACAUCCAAGACAACAACGGUGCCAUGUAGGAGAAGGCUAGAGUGAAGAGUAAUCUUCCUGCGGCGGCAUAUAUCUGUUAAUAAUUGCAUAGAUAGACUUAACUCUGGUUAUUUUUGUCUCGUAUUGAAGCGAGAGCUUACUGUAAAUAUUUCAUUAAAGCUACUUUACAAAUUCUCUCUCUCUUUA